AUGUAUAUUGUUUCAUCUAGUUCUCCAUUCAGGAAUGCUCGGCGCCGGCCACCCGCCACCCGCCACGACCCAGCGGCGCAGACUGCGCAGUCCUCUCGCGAGUUGCGACCCUCACCCAGUCCGUCAGUCGCCUACCUUCCCUUUGUUCCGCCCGAUUCCCAACUCCCUCUGUUCGACCCAGCCUCGCCGCCUCCGCCUCCGGCCAGCCACCAGACGCGCCGCCAGCCAUCCCCACUUCCAGUUUGCUACAUUGUUAUGGAAUCUUCUCGCAAUAGUAAUCGAGUUGAGGAAGACGAUAUUGAUAUGAAUGAUGAUAUGGAUGAUGAUGGGUUAGAGGAUAUUCCUAUUGGCGAAGAUGGGGAAGCUAUAGAAGUGGUGUAUCAAAGAAAAGGAAAGGAAGUGCACGCUCAGAUCAUUGGAAAGCUUACACACUUAUGUGGGUUGAAGAAGGUGAUCCUCCGGAGAAGACGCGCAAGGGGAAGUGCAAGACAUGUGGAGUUUAGAUUUAUGAUUGUUGAUUUUUGA